AUGGACGACUCGUUGGGGCCACCCCCUGGUGCUUCCUCAGCUUUCCCUGCCUCUGGCGGGGGAGCAGGAGCAGCCUCUCUCGGUUUCGCCGCAUUCGACACCAUAUCGCGUGCGACAUCCCCUGGAGUACCUUGUGCCGACGGCCAGGAAGAUGACAAGAAAAGAUACCGGCCCCGCACCUUCCAAUAUUUCCGGCUGCUGCCGUUCGAUGUUGAGGACGACGCACACAGAGAUGCUGCGCUUCAGGGUAUCUUGAAGAACCUCUACAUCUCCAUCAUGGCUGAGGACUUCUCCCCCGGCGCGCUGCACUGGACUCGCGAGCUGCAAGGGUGGCUGAAUCUCAAAUUCGAGAUGACAAGGGAGCUUCGUGCCAAGCUUACACAUCUGUAUUAUCACCUGGCCCUCGCCCCAGGCCUUGACAGUAAUACCGCCGACAGAUUUGCGAGAAUGGUAGUCACGUUAACUAGGAAAAAACAUUACUUGAAGCCUGGUCAAGAUUUAACUCUGGAUUGGCGGCCGCUUUGGAAAGAGCUCAAGGCUAUGGUCCUCCCUUCUGAAGUUCCACACCAUCAGGGACAACGCAGACGGUCUCACAAACAUAUCCUGAAACUCUGCCUCCACGUCAACUCGUAUUUCGACCCCAAGGAGCGCGGUGCCAUAUUGGAAGAGUUGCUGCCUUUCUUCAGUACAUCGGCCAUGAGCAAUGCCUACAUUGUUGUUGGAGCCCUCAACAUUCUUGUUCCCACCGGGCCAGCACCGCCGACGGACCGGAACUCGCAGCCAUCGGACUACGCGCCAACCUUUUUCCACCUCUGGCAGCUUAUGACGCGGUCCAAGGCGUUUGACGUGUGCUUCAUCGACAUCUUCUCCCGCAUGGCGAGAGACUAUUUGGGCUGUCGGCAUGUUCCAUUUACAGAGCACGGCAUCUUCACCCGCGAGCAAUCAGAUGCCAUUUUCACGGCUAUUUUGAGGUUAACAGAAAUCCCCGUGGGUCAGGCUAAUAGUCCAUACUCAUCACUGGACUACGCCUCAGGUCUCGGCGUGUAUCUGGAAAAAGACAAAAAGAAAUACCCUGUGCCAUACAUGAUUGCGAGAUGGAUCACCCACUCGCUGUCACCCACGUGCCUCAACCAGGAACCAUCCAUCUUGACCAACCUGGAAGGCUUGAUGGAGUCCAUCGACACUUUCUUCCACCCCUCCAAUCAGGGAUCGUGGACUAGUUUCCUCGCGCAGCUUACGUUUUUUCUUACCGACAUAUUUGUCUCUCGUUGGAACCGUGAGCAGAGUGGGGAGUUGGACAUUCCGGAGGAUCGCCGCAUCAACGAUGCUCUCAAGAAGCGGUUUGUUCUUGCUUUGAAGGAAGUCACCUUUAUGGGUCUUUUCGGUAAGAGCUCCAAGGUGGUGAAUUACUACUAUUCGACUCUUCAAGGACUGGCAUACCUGGAGCCUGACUUGAUCUUGCCAGGCGCGCUACAACGCUUCUACCCGAGCUUACAGGGCCUGGUGGAAGUGCACCGAACUACAUCGAGUUUGUGUGGCCUUCAGAUGAUUGCCAACAUCAUGUCCAAGCACAAAGGUUAUCGCUGUCACCUCACGGCUUUGUUGGCACUCGCUCUGCCCGGUAUUGAUGCCAACGACCUUGGGAAGACACAAUACACACUGAACUUCAUUCAGAGUGUCGCCUACAGCAUACCAUUUGUUCCGUUGGUGAAGGAGGGAGGUAUCCGUGACACCAACCUCGCCCAGAGUUGGGUGCAAGGCCAGAUGGAAAGAAUGGAGGCCGAGGGACAAGACGUCAAGAUCAACUACAACGAGGAGUUGAGUGAUGAGGAUGAGGCCGAAAUUCUGCGCUCUUCUACGGCGGGGUUGGGCGAGUUUGUGUUGGCACUUUUGGGCAAGGUCUUUGCACUGCUCGAGAAUCUACCGGACUCGAGCCACCUACGCACCGGGUCACCUGAGGACAAUGUGAUCAACACGCUACCUGCCGCUCUGACGCCCCUUUUCGCCUCUUUGUCGCCCGAGCUAUUCGACAUGGCUCUGGAGAAACUCGCCAACUUCGUGUCCAGCCAUGUUGUUCACCAAGCGCGGGAUGCCAUGGCCUGGAUUUGCAAUGCGCUCUGCAAGGUCAGCGCCGAAAAGACUUUGAAGGUGUUCAUCCCAAUGUUGAUCGUCAACAUUCGCAACGAGAUUGACUACAACGGCGCUGCUUCUGACCGGAGUAGCGGGACUGAGGUCCUCCCCCGCGACCGGGCUCUCGUCUGGCAUGUCAGCAUGCUUUCAAUGUGCGUUGUGCAUGUCGGCGGCGAGGUGCUGAAGUACAAGGACGAUCUCUUUGGCAUUGCAGAGUACAUGCAGGAAAACUGCCGUGGGCUCCCUACGAUACACAUUUCCAACUACAUUCAUCAUCUGCUGCUCAACCUGACCCACACCUACCCCAUCGACAAUGCGCUUUAUGAACCUGAUCGCGUUGCCCACGGCUUGGAUGUCGAAGAUUGGGGCAGGCCAACCAAACCCUCGGAGCUUACCAUCAGGUGGCAUCGGCCUUCUCACGAUGAGAUCUUGUUCGCCGUCGAGUUGUUCGAGAGUCAAACACGAAGCGCGGCGCAACGGCUCGAGCAGCUCAUGAGCGAUGACCCCCCUGUCAGCAGAAAGGGAAAGAACAAGGAAUGGUCCGACGAGCUAUCCCGAAGCCUGACUGCUCUUAGGCUGAUCAUAUCAGGCGUCUCGACCCUGUUUGAUCCACAAAGGGCCUCUGGCGAGACCAGCACCCAGUCUAACGGCAAUGGGACCGCAGAGGCUGAUGGGGACGCCAUGAUGGAGGAAGAUGACGAUCCCCUUGCCGAGGUUGCGGACGACGAGGAGCUCAAGAGGCAAUUCCAUUAUCCCGCUGGGUACAUUUUGAAGCCCGAGGAUCCCAUCUACAACCGCAUCCACGAACUACGCGAAGAUGUUGGGAGGCUGCUCUCCCGGACACACUAUUUUCUGAACGCCAACCAGCAGGAUGAUGUUGCAUGCUUCACGUCCCUCUACGCAACCUAUAGAACAUGGAUCACCGACGUUGGGAUCGAAAGAUCAGCACAUCCGCUGGAGCGGCUCGUGCGCUUGUACAAGGCCGACAUCUCACCUUUCAAGAUCAGCGGUCUGCGCAAAGUGUAUCCUCGACCGCUCCUUAUCAAGCGUGCGGAUGCCUAUCAGUUGCAGCGUGUCAAGUACAACUCGGCCUACCGCAAGAAGAGCGAGCUUGACAAGCAACUGCUGCUUGAUCUUGCCGAGUCUUGCACAUCGUCGUAUGCGGAUGUUCGAAGAGUGGCCCAAGGUGCCCAGGACUCGUCCCUCAAAGUCUUGAUUGGCGGUCGACCCUUGGUCAUUCCCGUCAUCAUGGCGCGACUUCGCAAGGCCCUUGACGAAAACGAUCACGACCGGAUCAAGGGUGCCAUGUACACACUCUUGUUUACCACGCUUCUCAAGACACUGAUGCGGGACUGGAGGUUUGCCCCGGAUCUUAUGCGCAUGUACAUCGAAACAGCUGCCGUCGACAAGACCUCUAUUCAGAACCUGGGGUCCACUGCACUCUACCCUCUGCUUGACUUUGGUAAGCCGUUUGAGCGUUUGAUCAUAUUCGACCGCGAGGUUGUGCAGACCAUUCAGCCACAGGAGGAUUGUUCAGCAGUCAUCAAGCGACGCCACGACUUCAUCACAGAGCGUCGCACCAAGGUGGAAGGGAAGAAGGAAGCCCUGGGAUUGGAGCUCACGGAAAAGGCCAAGACCACCCACUGGAAGAUUGCGAGCCGGUGUGCCAUCUUUGCGCUCAACUGCUGCCUCCGCUUCGAGACGCUGGCCACCCGGGAGCUGAUCGAGCUUGUCGCCAAUGGUACCAACGACCCUCAUCCAGGGUUGCGCUCCAACUACCUGUCAGCCUUCUCGGCCAUCUUUACCGCCAUCGAUAUCCGAGCAGUUUACAGCCACGAGUAUCGCAACUAUUUGAUCGAGGAGGAGCACGAGGAAAACAGAUAUCAGAUCCCCGUGCCGACAGAUGACCCCAACCUAACAGACAACUUUCUCUCCCAAUUUGAGAAGUUUGAUGGCACCGAUUACUUUGUCGACUGUGACUAUCCUGGUUGGCUGGUUUGGGGAAAGCAGUUCCCUGUGUCGCGUGCCAACCCCAAGCCGUUCUUGGCCUAUGAUGAGGUGGAGGACCGUGUGCGCGUUCAGAUCGGCCAGAUUAUCACCAGGGACUGGUUCAAGAAGUGCUUCGAGUAUCUCAAGCAAGAGCCCAGGGACGCUGGUGUAGAUCGGUUCAGGAUGCAAAAUCUGCUACUGCUCAUGAAUGUGUUUGACCUGAUGCACUACGGCAAGACGGCAGCGACAUUCGAUGACAUUGUGGAGCUGGUGAAGGACGUGUAUGGUGAUGGCACCGAUAAGCACCAACACCGCGCUACGGCUGAAAUUCUCGGGGCUUUGCUGUCGGGCAGCGCUGAUGAUCCUCGUGAAUUUCGGGACCGGGUUUGGAACUUUGCCGCCCCCCUCAUGCUCAAGAUCAUCGCUGAUGACUUGACGCCCGAUAACCUCCAGUACUGGAUGACCUGUCUUCACAUAAUUAUUGACGGCAAGGAUCCACGACGAUGCAGGGAGCUGACAGAAGCGCUGUCUUCCUUCCGACUCGACAAGAACUCCAAUGCAGCCUUCAAGGAGUCGAGUAAGGUUCAGCUUGUCGAGUUCAUCAUCAAUGAUGCUGGCUGGCACUUCAGGCAUGAGAAGCCCAUCUUGGAGGACUUUUUGGCACACAUUGACCACCCGUACAAGUCUGUGCGAGAGUCCAUUGGCCGUGUCAUCGCGACCAUCUACCGCACACGGUACCACGAGUCGUUCAAGAAUGUCACCGAGCUUCUCGAGAAGAACAAGGCUGCGUCCUCGAUCGGUCUCCGGGCGUACCAACCUACCGAGGAAUUCUCGGCCACCAUCAAGGACGUCUUUGCUCGCCUGGAGAAAUGGCGCCACGAGCGGACGGCCGGUCAGCAAACCCCCUCCAGCUACACUUCGGGCUCCAAGACGGUUCUCAUUUGGCUUGACAGCAUGCUUUCGUCCCAAGAGUGCAUCCAACUCGUCCCAUUCUUUCCCGACCCGUUCAUUGACCAGCUGCUGCACAUGAUGGAUGUCAAGGAAGAUCCUGAGCUGAUGAAGCUCGCUUACCAUGUCUAUCGCCACCUGCCCAACAUCCCUUUCCGAUCGGGUGAGGACGACGCGUUCAUCGCUGCGCUCAUCAGAGUCGGCAAGACGGCCGUCUCCUGGCAUCAACGUUUACGAGCCUUGGUCAACAUGCAAGUCGUCUACUUCCGCCGACUCUUUCUCACGCAGCCCGCCCAACGCCAAAUGCUCUUUGACGCAGUGGGGGACAUGCUCUCUGACCCCCAGCUCGAAGUCCGGGAUUGUGCUUCGGCCACCUUGGCGGGCAUGAUUCGCUGCUCGCCCGCCCCGAUCCGCAGCCCGAUUAUUAUCCAGCUCAAGGAUCGGUUCGAGCUAGAGCUCCAGCUGAAUCCUAUGCCGAAGAAGAAGACCAAGGUGCCUGGGACGGACACACCGGUGGACACGCAGAAACAGAUUGUCAGGAGACAUGCGGCCGUGCUUGGGUUGGGGGCGCUGGUUGAGGCUUUCCCUUACGCGACGCCGGUGCCCAAGUGGAUGCCCGAGGUGUUGGCUCACUUGGCGACAAGGGCGGCCAACGACCCGGGAGUUGUGGGCAAGGCGACCAAGGCGAUCUUGGCGGAGUUCAAGAAGACAAGGCAGGAUAGUUGGAGUGUGGACCAGAAGUACUUCACUCCCGAGCAACUCGAGGAUUUGGAGGGGGUGUUGUGGAAGAGUUAUUUUGCUUAGAGACAAGACAAAAUAGCGAAGGGCAAGAAAACCCGAACCAUGGCUAAGCUGUGAAAUAGUACCGAAAGAAGUUGGGUGCAUUGCUUGUGAGUUUUUGAGAUGUAGGUACUGCUUAGAUGAGAUAUUUGGGAAUUGUGAGAGAUGGGUUUUGUUGUCAGCGAUGUAGUGGUUAGAGUUGAUUUGGAAGUUUAGAGGAGAUGGUAUGGAUUACAGGGGAGGGAUCAGCUGUGCAUCAGAUGUGGUACUAGCGAAAAUGGAAGACAGAUCUUAUUAUGAGGUGUAUCACGAAGAAUAGGGUAUCUGGUUGUUGUGCGGUGUGUUCCUUUGGGAAAUGUGGCAGAAAAGUGAAGAUGCUUGGUGUGAUGUUGUUAGGUUACCUAGGGAAAAGAAGCCUAGACGGCGGCCGAUUCUACUUUGUGGUUAUUUGUAAAGGCGGUGGUAUGUAUGGUGAUGGGGAUUGUGAUGAUGGAGCUAGAGGCGAAAUCAGGGGGUAUAAAAAAAGAGAGGCAACCAAAAAUCAUCAAAAGAAUGAUCGAC